AACGCUAUAUGAACGCUAGAGCACAGCACUAUGAACGCUAUAUGAACGCUAGAGCACAGCACUACAAACGCUAUAUGAACGCUAGAGCAAGCACUACAAACGCUAUAUGAACGCUAGAGCACAGCACUACAAACGCUAUAUGAACGCUAGAGCACAGCACUACAAACACUAUAUGAACGCUAGAGCACAGCACUACAAACACUAUAUGAACGCUAGAGCACAGUAGAGCACAUCACUAUUCCGUAUGAACGGACGCAGCGUCUACGUGCUAAUGGAUGGAUUUUCCCCCCUGGAUUAUCCUAAAUGGAAGCUCAUCAAGGAUAUGAUGGACAGCUGAGGUAUAUAUUGAGGUGAAUAUAAUAGAUCUGUAAUUGUUUGAUAGGCAUGUAUGUCCAUCUUGAUGCUGUAUUCGCAUUCAACCAGCCUUUCCCUUUUUUCUCUCUCCUGGCGGUGUGUUGUUGUUUGGUAGUAACUCGGCCAUGCUAAAGAAUGUUCCCCAUGUCUGCGCCACACUUCCAUGUGGUGGUACUUACGCACCACCUCAACCCACAGCUUCCUUCGCCGUCAGAUUGAGCCCUUCAAUUUACUUCAUUCGUUCAGCUCCUCCUUGUCACCAAGUUUCUAAACCUCCGAGCAUUCCUCACACGGAGUGCUGCAUCCCUACCUCCACGUCGCCGACCAAGGCCACUCGUUGAGUCGCUGGAGGAGCAAGGCGCAUAAUAUAAACCGCGAUCACGUCCUGUGUAAUAUCCCGACCUGUACCGCGUUACAAGUCUUGAUACAUUUUCGGGAUCAGCCUGAUCCCUCCGAUUCAAAACCUCUAUCAAGAAGCAGCAAACCCUCAGUGCAUGGGAAUCCGAAAAAACAAACAAAACAGAGAACCUAAAAUCACUUGAGCUUCGCGCUCAACCUGAAGCCGUUGCCCACCAUGGAGAACCCACCACCCAGAGACACCGACCAGCAGUUCUCCGAGACCCAGACCACAUCUUCCCAGCGCCCUGAAAGCAGUGGAAGGAUGUCCUCCAGCACUGGCGCACCCGCCGAGAAUGCGACGGCGCCCAGCGGCAACGCGCCGGCUUCUGCGGCUCCGGCGCCGGCUGGUGGACUAUACACGGAGCAAGUGCAAAACGUGAUCAAUUCAGAGAUUGGAGUCCAAGUUCUCUUGAACAGGCUCAAGCAGAGCGUUGCUUCAGCAAAGGAAUUCGCGCUGUUCCUGCAAAAGAGGUCUAAACUGGAAGAAGAUCAUUCGAUUGGGCUGCGAAAGAUAUCCAAGAUUACACACGACAAUCUCCGACGCCCAGAGCACCGUCAAGGCUCCUUCAUCGCCUCCUAUGACGAGGUGACCCGGAUACAAGACCGCAUGGCAGAAAACGGAGCGCAGUUUGCGGCCUCACUUCACCAGAUGCACGAGGACAUGCUUGAAAUGGCAGCAAACGUUGAACGGGGCCGAAAGCACUGGAAGACCACGGGCCUAUCAGCAGAGCAGCGCCUGGUCGACGCCGAAACGGCGAUGAGGAAGUCAAAGGCCAAAUAUGAUACCCUGGCAGAAGAUUAUGAUCGUGCGCGAACUGGAGAUCGCGCAGCAACCAAGAAAUUUGGACUGAAAGGGCCCAAGUCUGCUGCCCAGCACGAGGAGGACCUGCUUCGCAAAGCCCAGGCCGCUGACACGGAUUAUGCGGGCAAGGUCCAGACUGCUCAGUCCGUCCGCCACGAGCACCUGACCAGGGGGAGACCGGAGGCUGUUAAGGGUCUUCAGGACCUGAUUAAUGAGUGCGACUCCGCGUUGGCAUUGCAGAUGCAGAAGUUCGCCGCAUUUAACGAGAAACUCCUCCUCCAUAAUGGCAUGAGCGUCAGCCCCCUGAAAGACCAAGCAGGUGAGGCUGGGAAGACAACACGCAGUCUGCGCGAGGCUAUCCUGGACAUCAACAACGAAGGCGACUUGAACUAUUUCAUCGCAAGUCACGCAUCUCAAGUGCCUCCUCGACCAGCCGAGAUCAAGUACGAGCGUCAUCCGGUCACGGCACCAUCUGCUCCCCCAGCUGUACCUGCAGCACAGAGACAAUCCGAAAUCCCACAAGGAUUCAACAGCUUCAACUCCCGUCAAGGCACCACCGGCCCCGCCGCCGCUAGCACUCCAACCCAGCAAACCCCAAUGGGCGCAGGAGGCCCCGGCUUCAACCAAGGCGGUCCACCACCACCCGCCGCGCAGCAGCAGCAACAACAGCCACAACAAUACCAACAACACGAGCGCAGCUUCAGCCAAGGCGCUCCCCAAUCCCGUGAUAACGGCCCCCCUGGUCGCAUGGGCAACGGAGGACCCCCCGCCGCACCAUCCUACAGCUCCACCGGCGGACCACCACAGCUACAGACCCUCCCCUUCCAGUCAUCAGCCCCGCAAACCCAUUCACUCCAGCAGAAUACGCCGAUCCAGCAAGGACCUCCGCAGCACCAGCAGCACCAGCAGCACCAGAAGCAGCAGUACGGCCAACAACAACAACCCCAGCAGCAGCGCGGAUCAGCAGCGAUGGACCCAAGUAACCUUCCCCCGCUUAAACCGGCAUUCGGGAUGGAUCUAGAGCAGCUGUUCCAGCGCGACGGGUCGCCGAUCCCGAUGGUGGUGUAUCAGUGUAUACAGGCUGUUGAUCUGUUUGGGUUGGAGGUGGAGGGGAUUUAUCGGGUAUCGGGGACGGCGGCGCAUGUUAGUAAGAUUAAGGCGAUUUUUAACAAUGACUCAUCCAAAGUCGACUUCCGCAACCCCGAAGCCUUCUUCCACGACGUCAACUCCGUCGCCGGCCUCCUCAAACAAUUCUUCCGCGACCUCCCCGACCCCCUCCUCACCACCGCCCAAUACAGCGCCUUCAUCUCCGCCGCCCGCCUCGACGAUGACAUCGUGCGCCGCGACUCGCUGCACGCCAUCAUCAACGCCCUCCCCGACCCCAAUUACGCGACGCUGAGGGCGGUGACGUUGCAUCUGCAUAGGGUCACGGAGGCGGCGGCGGUGAAUAGGAUGACGAGUAGUAACUUGGCGAUUGUGUGGGGGCCGACGUUGAUGGGGAUGGGGGGGGCGGGGGGAGGGGCGAUUCAGGAUGCGGGGUGGCAGGUUAGGGUUGUGCAGACGAUUUUGGAGAAUUGUUAUCAGAUUUUUGAUGAUGAUUGAGUAGGGGGCGGUUUGUAUGCGAGAUGGUGGAGGUGAGGGGUGAGGGGGGAAGGGAAGAAAAGUGGAAAGAGGGGAAUGAUGGAUGAUAAUUUGUGAUGGUGGUUUUAUGGUUGUUAGUAAGAGUGACGGUGCUGUUAUUUACCUGGAGUGGGUUUCUGUACGAUAGGACGAACUUGUA